AUGGCUGCUUUUAAGCAUUUCUUCUUGUUAUCUUUGCUUGUAGCACUAUUGUCAAGUUUUGAUAUGAGUCUUGCAUCUCGCCAUCUUUUGGACAAUCCAGCGGCACCACCUCCAUUAUUGCCGACAAUUCCACCACUGCCGAAGGCCACAUUGCCGCCAUUGCCAUCAAUUCCAACAUUACCUAAAGCUACACUUCCACCUCUGCCUUCAACUCCAUUGCCAACUCUCCCAACUCAGCCAACUCCUCCAAAACCAACGUUGCCUCCUUUGCCAAAUCCAACUGUCCCAAAACUGAUUCUCCCUCCAUUGCCAAAUCCAACUCCUCUUCCCACCAUUCCCACUACAAUCCCGUCAAUUCCUUUCUUCUCUCCACCACCAUCAAAUUAA